GAUACGACCCCUGCUUUACAAGUGUUUAAUAUGAAUGUAAAGUCAUAUCCUUUUCCUGUUUUGUCUCAUGUCUUGUGUUUGCAUUCAAUCGACGCUUAAUUGAGUUAUAUUUAAAUUGAGAAACAAUGGUGCGGAUGAAUGUCUUGGCGGACGCUCUCAAGUCCAUUAACAACGCCGAGAAGAGAGGCAAACGACAGGUCCUUCUGAGGCCGUCAUCCAAAGUGAUCGUGAAAUUCCUGAAAGUGAUGAUGAAGCAUGGCUAUAUCGGCGAGUUUGAGAUCGUGGACGACCACAGAGGAGGCAAAAUCGUGGUGAAUCUGACGGGAAGAUUAAACAAAUGUGGAGUAAUUAGCCCUCGAUUUGACGUGAAAUUGCGAGACAUGGAGUCAUAUUUGGCUAAUUUAUUGCCGUCCCGUCAGUUCGGGUUCCUUGUAUUGACCACUUCGGGAGGGAUUAUGGAUCACGAAGAGGCCCGAAGAAAGCACUUGGGCGGCAAAAUCCUCGGCUUCUUCUUCUGAUAGCUUUUGUCAUCAAUUGUUUAAAUAAAUAAUUAAUAAAAACAUUUUUUGAGAAAUAAAUGAAA